CGGGACGUCCCGGGGGCUGGAUCUCCCGCCGAGCACCGUGAGCGAGCGCCGAGCGCCGCUGUCCUGCGUGUGCUGCCCCGCGGAGCUGGAGUUUGCCCAGAUCAUCAUCAUUGUCGUGGUGGUCACGGUGAUGGUCGUGGUCAUCGUCUGCCUGCUCAAUCACUACAAAGUCGCCACGCGGUCAUUCAUCAACCGCCCAAGCCAGAGCAGGCGGCAGGAGGACAGGCUGCAGCAGGAAGGGUGCCUGUGGCCUCCAGACAGCUCCAUGCAGCAGCCGCGGGCCUCAGAGAUCAUGUACACCCCGCGGUCCAGGGACAGGUUUACUGCCCCACCCUUUAUUCAGAGGGACCGGUUCAGCCGCUUCCAGCCCACCUACCCCUAUGUGCAGCACGAGAUUGACCUCCCUCCCACCAUCUCCCUGUCUGAUGGCGAAGAGCCACCUCCUUACCAGGGGCCCUGCACCUUGCAGCUCCGGGACGCUGAGCAGCAGAUGGAACUCAACCGAGAGUCUGUGAGGGCCCCGCCCAACCGAACUAUAUUUGACAGUGAUUUGUUAGACAUUUCUAUGUACAACGGGGGCCCGUGCCCACCCAGCAGCAACUCGGGCAUCAGUGCAACCACCUGCAGCAGUCACGGGAGGAUGGAAGGGCCGCCCCCGACGUACAGUGAGGUGAUGGGCCAGCAGCCCGGCGCCUCGCUUCUCCAUCACCAGCACAGCAGCGUGCACAGGGCCAGCAGGCUGCAGCUGCAGCAGAGCAGUUCUGAGAGCACACUAGCACCCCUCAAAGGCAAAGACAGGAAGCCCGGGAACCUGGUCUGAUGCCCUCCACUGUGCACUCUAAUGGAGGAGAGAUGAAUCACAGUGGCAAGAGGCCGCGCUGGGCCCUCCUGUGCACGGGGCUGUCCAGAUUUACAUGGUACAACUAAGUAAAACCAAAUGUGCAGACGCGGUCUUGUUUCUGAUUCCUUUGGAAGGAAUUGCAUGCAAACUAGACUGAAAUAAUGCAAGCUUCCAUCCGGUCUGAUGCAAACAGUACUUAUUUGGGGGCAGGGGUUGAGAUGGGGGAUGGUUUUGACAAAAGGCAGGCAGGGAAAAACAGAGAAAGGGAUUCUUUGAAGGUAUCAUGAAAUAAAACCCAUAGGGGUAUUUAAUUUAUUUAACUCUAAAAGGAGACUUUGCUGAUAAAUUAGGCCAGAAUGGCCUGUUUUAUAAUUACUAACUGAAUAAAGGAAACAUUAUUAUAUAUUAUCACAAGGAAGAAUCAGCCAGUUUGCUUUUUCUCCCAAGGUGUGGAACUUUUAUUUUGUUUUAAAAAUAUGCAUUGAAAUUCCUGUUUUGUGUGCCAAGGUAUAAAGUGGAGAAGUUUGAUGAAUGCAAGGAGCUAAUUUGUAUUGUGAUGAUGUGUUUUAAAAGUUGCACUAUCUUAAUGUUUAAAAAUAUAUAUGAGGAAGCUGUUUUAUGUGAAGCUCUGUAUGUUGUCUCUUCACCUGUGGAUUGUUAUUAGGCCCAAAGAGUAUCCUGGAGUGUUCCUCAGAAUCAUACAAGAAAAGAUAUAUGGGGAUACAGCCUAAUAUUUACCAGUUUACAGAAUUCAGAAGUCAUUAUUGUUGCAAGAAUUUGCAUAGAAUAGCAGUGUAUCACUGAAGCAUGUGGAGACUUUUGGAUGGAAGACAGGAAAUGCUAAGUCCCAGCAUUUCUGACUUGCUAUUUGAGUCACUCUGCUAGUGUUAGGCUGCACCUUCCAUUAAAAAUGAUCCCAACACAGCAGUCAUAUGUCCAGUACCAUGCAGUGCUGCCCUCAGCCGCCAGCAGUACAGUUUCUUCAGUAAUUUAGAUUUUUUUUCUUCACCAUAGCAUGCAAUAUAUUCAGAUACACACCUUAUUUUAUGCAAUAAAUUGUUUAAAAUGCAA